AUGUAUAACCCGGCGGCCUACACGCCCCUCGAGUCGCUGUUCCUCUUCCAGGCGCUGCUGACGCAGGGCCUGGACGCGGCGGCUUUCGUGCGCAUCUCCGAGGGGCUCAGGGGCAAUUCGCUUAUCCGGGAUGGCGACACGUACGACCCGGCGCGCCUGGCGCCCGAGGCGCUACAGCAGCUCUUCCUGCUGCUGCUGCGCGAGGAGGUGAAGAGCGAGGCCGACAGGACGGCGGACGGCGCGCCCGAUGCGUCCAAGUCGCCCAACUCGCGCAAGAGGAAGAUUGGCAGCCCGCCGCUGCCAUCGCUCCAGGACGCGCACAACCAUAUCGAGAAGAUCCCGGUGCUCGUGGACCGCCUCUACGCGCGGUAUCGCGACGGCGUCGUCAAAGACGUGCGCGAGGACGAGCGGCGGUUUGGCACCGUGCAGAAGGAGAUUCAGUUGCUCGAAAAGGUUGAGAAGGAGAGGCUCGCGUCCAAGGCCGCCCAGGGCAGCUCACCUGCACCAGUCGGGCGCGAUUCGAAGACGGCCGUCGGUGGGCACGCCGCGAGCCCGUCUCACGUCCCGAUCGCACCGAACGCGGCGGCCGGCGUCAAGCGCGGUCCGACACCAAACACGCCCGUCUACCCGCCAAAGCUGCCCACCACCGCCACUCCAGUACAGACACCGGUCGUGCCGCCAAGUCACCCGCCUGUUGGAGUGCCGCCUGCGCGGCCGACGCCUUCGCCCAAGCCGGGAACUGGACCGGGAUCCGUGCUACAGCCUCCGGCCGGCGUGCCACAGACUGGCCCUCGAGUCCUGCAAUCCCCAGCGCAGCCCGGCAAGCAGGCCAUUCCUCCGCGUCCAGACGCGACGAAGGCUGUCAAAGACGCUGCUCCAGGCACACCACAGCCGGUACCUACACCUGCCAGCGGCCUGAAGUGGGAGAAGCCAUAUCAGCCGCCUCAGGCCGGACAGGCAACUCCCGCUGGGCAGCAACAGCAACCGCCGAACGUGCCGCCGAGUGCAGCGAGCCAGCAAAAACCCUUGCAGCCUCAACCACAGCAGCCGAUCCAGCCGGCCCAGCCUCAGCAACCCCAGCUGGCUCAACAACGGCUUCAACAACAGCAAUACCCCGGCCACACUCCGGGCCAAACCCCAGCGACUGCUCAACAAGCACGUCCUACCGGCAAGCCGGUUCUGGCAUCUCCGCAAGGAACAGGCCAGGUCGCAACGCCGCUGCAACCGGCGCCUCCUCGACCAGCAGGAGUUGCUUCGCCGCAGGUUCGCCCGCCGUCGACGACACCCGUGCUGCCGCCUGGACGACCCAUCCAGCCGCAGCAGCCUCAGCUACCACAACAAGCUCAGCCAGCUCAUCCACAGCCUCGACCCAUCGCGGCUGCGUCUCCCACGCCACCGAAGGGCGCUGCUGGUCCUCACGUCCCUCCGCAGAGAUGGCCUCAGUCCCAGGCAACCCCUGCCCAGCAGGGACAGCGCCCUUCUCCCUCAGCAUCACCCGCACCUCUGGCUUCCGCGAAAGACAAGCCCUACACGUCUCCCUAUACCACGCAACCCCCACGACCCGCCAUCCCAGAGCACAUUAUCCGGCAAGCUGCUGGAACCCCAGCUGUCAGGCGGCUUAGCCCUGUAGCCGCACCUACCACGCCGGGCGCGACGACACCUGUCUCUUUGACGCGCGGCUUCGGCACCAAAUGGGCAUCGCAGUCGACGCCUUCGACGCCAGGUCCUAUCGUCGCCGAGCCAGAAAGCCCGGCAUAUGAGCCGGUCAGCCCCCCUCCGCGAGAUGCAUCCAUUGUAUCUGAUACGCCAAAGACCGGUAUGAGGAAGGUGAUGCCCAAGCCUACGCCUCAGGGUGAGGCGCCCACAUCAAGGCCCCGUGGCCGCCCGCCGCGUAAUGCCCGGGCGAGCGCCACGCCUUCGGUCUCGAGAAGGAGUCAGUCCGUGGCGUCGCAGGCAGACGAGCUUGCGUUGGACCACCAUUCUAUGCUUUCCACGACCAAGAUUAAGAAGGAGGCUAUGACGCCACGGGCGCACGACGAUGCGGGUGACACCACAGCAGACGAGAGCGUGCACGGCAGGACGCACAUGGCCACGCCGGGCAGCGUGUCUUCUCGUCUUGCGAAGCGGAAGCGGCAAGAAUCGCCGCAUGAAUCGACACCGCCACUCAGCCAGGUGUUAUGGACGCGAGGCUUUACGAAGGUUUCGUCGUCAGCCCUGGACCAGAUCUCGAGCCACCGCGACGCGAACAUGUUUGCGACGGGGGUCCGCGAGAAGGACGCGCCCAACUAUCGCCAAAUCGUACUGCAGCCCCAGGACAUCACCUCCAUACGGUCCGCGAUCAAGCAGGGAAACAAGGCUGCGAUCCAAGCGGCCUCCAGCCUCCCUGGGGGCGAUCCCGGCGCUGCCAGCGUGUGGCUGCCUUUCUCCGAGGACCUCGUCCCGCCGAAAGGCAUCAUCAACAGCGCCCAGCUCGAGCGGGAGCUCGUCCACAUGUUCUGCAAUGCCAUCAUGUACAACCCUGACCCGGACCGCGGCCCUGGGGCGUCGUUUAUGAAGCGCUCCCAGGACGAGGAAGAAGAGGUUGUCGGCUAUCACGUCGACGAGAACGGCGUGGUCAAAAACACGCGCAGCAUGUUCGUCGAGGUGGAGAAGCUGCUGGGCGACCUGCGCAGCGCCGAGAAGGAGCGCGGCGUGCCCCCGCCGCUGUCGGCCACGCGCCAGGCGAGCGUGGCGACUCCGGCGGACGACACGGCCGAGGACGAGGACGAGCUGGCGGGAGACGGCGGCGCGGCAGCCAGCAUCGGGAAGAGGCGCCGGAUAGGAACGAGGGGUUGA